AUGUCAUCGCAGCCAGAGGACACCCAAGGGUGUCUCGACAUCUACCCUGCAAGUUACUUCAUCCCCGUGCGCCACGGCAGCAAGCGCCCGGUUAAAGUGGCAGGCUACACGCUCAGAGCGCUCGCCGAAACCUGCCGUAGCGAAGAGAGGUAUCACGCUGCCCGCGAGGCUGCGGUGAGCAUCAUCCACGUCCUGGAGGAGGAGAUUGAGAUGCUCAGAGUCGUCGGGUCUACGAUGAUAGCAGAACAGAGGUACCUCGACGGCUGGGAGGAUUCCUUGAUUACGGUCAUCGGCGUGCUCAACCAUUGCAUCGUCAGACCGACAACCAAGUCCUCCCCAAGACCUCAUCCCGAGGCAGCACAACAGCUUGAAACAUGUUCCCCUGACCCCGUGAUGAAGACAUGGGAAGAGCCGUGCUCCCUCCAUCCGCCUCUGCAUCUGGAAAUCGAGGAAGAAGUGCCCGCUGAUUUCAAAGGCAAGGCGCCCAUAAGAUUCGAGGAUAUGGAUGUCCCUAGUCUUUCACCUCCCCGUUGGCAAUCCCUCAAUCAGAGAGACAGGGUGCCCGAUCUUUGGCACGACGCGAUCGCCAUCUACGAGACAGAAUUCCCCAAGAGCACCUCCUCUGAGAGCACCUCCAUUGAAACCGCCAGCUCAGCCGUCAGCACCCCCUUAACCACCGGCAUUGAAUCCUCGGCACGCAAUCUCCUUACCUUCACAUCUCCAUUGCCGCCCUUCCCCUCCAGCCAGGCCACCGAGAGUUUCGCCCUCAUCGAGGAAGAACAGACUCCCAGCACCUCGGAAAUCAUCCGCGGCAUCGACACCAUCCAGCUCCUGCUCCACUAUGAACGGCAAUCCCGCAUCUCGGAGCGCAAGAUCGCGGCGGAGCUGACAAAGGCGAGCGUCCUCCGCCAGGCCAUCUUUCAGGACCGUUUCCUGGGCCAGGUGCCCAAGUUCGGGGGCGUAGACAGCAACGACGUGGAGGAUACUGCGGAUGACAUGAACAACCCGACCUUCGGUGAGACGGUGUAUGAGCGGGCCAGGAGGCAGGUGACGGCGCUCUUCAGGCGCUGGAGCGGGACGAGUUGGCAGAGCGAUACGCAGGAGGCAGGUUCCGACGUUGACGUCGUCGCGGAGGACGCAAGUACGCAAACCGUUGGAGAGCGUGAGGGCUCGGUUGGCGAGGGACUGGUGGACGAUGACGACGAUCUCGGGUUGUUUAAAAGAUGCGGUGAUCUUGACGUUUUGCCACCAGACACGUGGCACCCAUGUUAUCAGCCAGAAAACCUACUCUACCAGCCUCUGUCCUUGUCAUCGCCAGACUCUGCGCCAGACUCUGGAGGCUCUGAGAACACGUUUAACCCAGCUACGUACUCGCCAUCUUGGCUGCAGCCUGAUCAGGCGAAUCUCACCUCGAUAUCACAGAAACUGAGCUACCACGUCGCAAAUGACCUUUGUGGCGUGGGGUUUGCAGACGCCCUAUCGGAGUCGCGCCCCUUCGAGGACGACCCUGGAGACGCCAGCCAUGGGGUACGACUCGCGGCCCCGCGAGCUAAUGCGAAUGGUUAUCAGGGGAGGUCGGCCGAGUUACCCUAUCCGCUGAGUCCGCAGGGCCCUUCACAUAUGACCGCACCUUGGGGCCCAGUAUGCCGCAAGGGCCGAAUGGAAAGGUGA